AAAAAGACGUACAGCACCGGGGAUUCGCUGGUCGUCACCGACCCAACUACUAAUCCGGCGGUUGGUAGCUUAUCUAGGGGAGAGCGGACGGGAUCCCGAGUUUUCUACCACCUAUGGCCGUACGUGAUAGUUGGAACUGCAGAUUCAGUAGAUAUAGAGCAAUCGCUUGACAAGCACCUGCCUCUGGCUUGGUCGAUCUCCAGGUCGAUGUCGCGGGCGAGAUGCUCCCGUUGA